AUGGCUUUCUACGGCCUCCGCCAGGCGGCCCAUCUCUGGCACCAAAUAUUUAAUAAAAUAUUUAAAAGAAUUGAUUUUGAACCACUGAGGGAGAAUCCCUAUAUAUAUAAAAAAAGUAAUAUCUGGUUGAUUAUUUAUGUUGAUGACUCUGUUAUUGCUGGCUCCAGGAAGGAAGACCUAGCUGAGUUAAAUAUUAAAGCUUUAUUUCAAAGGCGUAUGAAUACUUCUACUACGGCCAAUACUAAAACAUUGAAAAUUGUAUACAAAUAUUUAAAAAGAUCUAUUCCGUACGGGAUCAUCCUCGCCACUAACUAUAUUAAAAGUAUUGAAAUCUUCGUAGAUACCGCCCACACUGACCACGAAGAUGGCAAAUCAAUGGAGAAAUAUGUUAUUUUCUACGCUGGCGGCCUAAUCAGCUGGUUAUCCAGGAAGCAAUUACUAGUUGUAUUGUUAUUUAUGGUAGCAGAAUACUGCGUGUUUGACUCCGCCGCCAAAGAAAUCUUGUAUAUAAAGAAAUUGGUUGAAGCGUUUGAUCUCAAGAUCUCUGUUGACGGUAGGAUACUUUUGUACACCAAUGCUGCCAACUUUCUACGGAUUCUGAACCAUGGAGGCUAUACUAGGUCCAUUAGAUAG